AUGGCGCGGGGUUGUGGCAGGGGUAACUUCUGGGGACAAGCGCGGGGAUCGCGCCCCGAGAGCGCUCGAGGCCUCCUCCGCCUCCUCCGCCGCCUCUGGCGCGCACCCCGCACCUCUUCCGCCCCCGCCGGAGUUCAGCUCCCCCUGGGGACUGAUGUCGCGCGCUUGCGUGCUGCGGCCGAAGAACCCGGUUCAGAGGCCGGCCCCAGAAAACCCCGAGCGAGUAGGGGGAGGUGCGGAGAGAGAGGGAGGAGAGCUGGGGGCGCGGGGGGUUGGUGGGUGUUCGGGGGUGGAGAUGUAGAAAAUGUGACGCCGCAGCCAAGCCGGUGCCAGACCAGCGGACGCGGUGCCCGCGGUUGCAACCGGAUCCCCGACGCUGCAGCUUGAGGAGGUAGCUCUCCCAAGCGGCGGCAGCGGAGACACCCAGCCCUACAUCCCAGUUCCCGGCCGCCCGGCUCACUGGGCCGGCGCGGAGGGGAACCGCCGAGCGGGGCGAGGCUGGGGGCCCGCGGGCGCGGCCGUGCGCCGCGGGGCGGGAGGCUGGGGGACCGGGGCCGGGGCCGCGCCCUGGAGCGGGUCGCAGGCCGCGGCCGAGGCCGUGGGGCUGCGGCACCCCGCGCUGCUCCAGCGGCUCGGGUGCUCCGGCAGGGCCCCGGUGGGGCCAUGGCAGCCGGGAGCAUCACCACGCUGCCCGCCCUGCCCGAGGACGGAGGCAGCGGCGCCUUCCCGCCCGGCCACUUCAAAGAUCCCAAGCGGCUCUACUGCAAAAACGGGGGCUUCUUCCUGCGUAUCCAUCCCGACGGCAGAGUGGACGGGGUCCGGGAGAAGAGCGACCCCCACAUCAAACUACAACUUCAAGCAGAAGAGAGAGGGGUUGUGUCUAUCAAAGGUGUGUGUGCAAACCGAUAUCUUGCUAUGAAGGAAGAUGGAAGAUUACAGGCUUCUAAAUGUGUAACGGACGAGUGUUUCUUUUUUGAACGAUUGGAAUCUAAUAACUACAAUACGUACCGAUCAAGGAAAUACUCCAGUUGGUAUGUGGCACUGAAACGAACUGGGCAAUAUAAACUUGGACCCAAAACAGGACCUGGGCAGAAAGCCAUACUUUUUCUUCCAAUGUCUGCUAAGAGCUGAUCUAAAUGGCAGCAUCUAAUCUCAUUUCACAUGAAAGAAGAGGUAUAUUUUAGAAAUUUAUUAAUGCAAGAAAAAGAAAAUGUGUACCGUUAUCUACUCAGUUUGGAUAACUUGUCAGAUCAAGUUUUAUCUACCCGUAAAACAUUUAACCAUUGUCUUAGUAAAUAAAAACACAAAUUCCUGGAAAAUGUAUAGACUUUCCCCCUUUUAUAUAGCAUCCAUCUUUGCCCAGUAAAGCUUACUUAGAGCUAUGACAUUUUUUCAUACAUUUGCCUUAUUUGAAAAGAGGCUUCUUUGAAAAGCCUACAUUUACAAACAAAUUUUCUUCAUGGAAAUCAUACGCAUUAGGAAAUUAAUGUCACCUAUUUAAUCACUCAGAAUGUCCACAACUUCUUAUAAUAUGGCAUUUAUUAAUCUACAUGUAUAAUUUACUAAAAAAAAUUUAAUAUGUAAAUGUGAAUUUAAUACAUUCCUGUAGUUUUGUAGUUCUCUGGCAGUUCUCUGUGAUAAAGCUUAUAGAACAGGCCUGUGUAAACCGCCGGAAGUUCUUCCAUAGGUAGAUCAAUCUUGUCAAACCCUUCUCUGUACCCAUAGAGAAGCAGCCUCGCGACUCUGCUGGUGAUGGGAGUUAUAUUUUCAGUCUUCACCAGGUCAUUGAGAUCCAUCCACUCACACCGUAAGCAUUCAUGCUGGCAAAAAUUUAUAGUGAAUGAAUAUGGCUUUAGUCGGCAGAUGAUAUACAUAUCUGACUUUCCAAAAGCUCCAGGAUUGGUGUGUUGUUGCCGAAUACUCAAGAGGGACCUGAAUUCUGAUUUUAUACCAGUCUCUUCAAAGACUUCUCGAACUGCUGUGUCUCCUACAUUAAAGAUGUACAAAUCAGUAACGAUCACAGUUUUAGAACUUCAUCAUCAGAGAUUUUUCAGUUAAAGUAGUAUUACCUAAAGGUUCAGAAGCACAACUGUACCCUAAGAAAGUAAAGUUUUCAGCCCAGACUCUGCCGUCUGGACAUCUUGAAAUGGUAUAUAUCACCAAGGUAUUUUCUUACACUGUACAUUUAAGAAGCUUUUGAAAAAUUGAUUAUUUCUUUUGCUGCUACUUGCAGGCUUUUCCACCUGUACCUUUUUGACAUCAUACCUUUUUAACCUCUACCUGCUCUGUUACCCAAAAGGUAAAAAUCAUGUUGCAAAAGUUAAAACAUAACUUUUUAAAAGCUGCAGUUGAUAUUCCUACAUAUUUCUUCCUUAUUAUCCUGUUCCUCAUCAUCCAUCAAGACUGUCUAAAUUUAUACAACUCAGUAAUGAGAGAAAGAGAUCCAUUCUUCCUUGUAAAAGUCUGUAGAGCUGUGGAAUGUACUGAUCUGUAACAUGAUUCUAAUCUGUCCUGAUGAUCUCAUGUGGGACCGUCAAGCCUCAGAAUGCAUUUAGCAGAUUUCUUCAUAACUGAUGAAAAAUUACUUCUCCUCUAGUUAUGCUAGGCAUUUUGGCAUUUCCUUUUUAUCUUGAGACAGGAUUCCAAAAAACUUUGAUUCAUUCCUAUAAUACCAAAAUGCAGCAGUCAUUUCAUCAGAAGUUUUAAAGAACUUGAAAUAUACAGGAUUUUAUAAUGCAAGAAAGAUUUUCACAUUUUAUAAAGUUGAUUUUUCAAUUACAUGCAAAUUUCUGGGGCAGGAUUUUGAUUGCCAUUCAGGCAUUUUUGUAGCUGCAUUUUCUAAACAUCGAGAUGGACACCCCCCCCUCCCCCCCG